AACCAUUAUGUCAGGCAUGUGAGCAGCUCAAAUACAAAGUCCCAACAGAGAUCCAAGCUGAAGCCAUUCCAUGGGCGUUACAAGGUCGAGACAUAAUUGGUUUGGCACAGACUGGAUCAGGCAAAACCGCCGCUUUUGCCUUGCCCAUCCUUCAAGCAUUAUGGGAGGCACCACAGGGCCUAUUUUCUUGCGUUCUGGCUCCAACGAGAGAAUUAGCAUACCAAAUAUCCGAAUCAUUUGAAUCUUUGGGUUCUAUAAUUGGUGUUCGAUGUGCUGUUAUAAUUGGUGGAAUGGAUAUGAUGUCACAAGCAAUUGCUCUGUCCAAAAAACCCCAUAUUAUUAUAGCUACUCCUGGGAGAUUACAUGAUCAUUUGGAAAACACAAAAGGAUUUAGUUUGAGAAACUUGAAAUAUUUGGUUAUGGACGAAGCUGAUAAAUUAUUAGAUAUGGAUUUUGGACCAGUUAUUGAUAAAAUUUUAAAAGUGAUCCCUAAAGAACGUCAUACUUAUCUCUUUUCUGCUACCAUGACAACUAAAGUGGCAAAAUUACAACGUGCUUCUCUAAGUAAUCCGGUCAAGGUUGAAGUUUCUUCAAAAUAUUCAACCGUAUCAACUUUACUGCAAUAUUAUCUAUUUUUUCCUCUUAAACAUAAAGACUGUUACCUUGUAUACCUAUGUAACGAACUUGCAGGAAACUCUAUAAUAAUAUUCACCAGGACGUGUAAUGACACACAGCGCCUUGCGUUAUUAUUAAGGAACCUUGGGUUUCCUGCGAUUCCUUUACAUGGGCAAUUAUCGCAAUCUAAAAGAUUAGGUUCUUUAAAUAAAUUUAAAGCCGGGAAUAGAAAUAUUUUAGUGGCUACCGACGUUGCUAGCAGAGGUCUGGAUAUACCACUCGUAGACGUGGUAAUUAAUUAUGACAUUCCAUUUAAUAGCAAAGAUUAUAUCCAUAGGGUAGGACGAACAGCUCGUGCAGGAAGAUCCGGUAAAUCCAUCACUUUGGUUACUCAAUAUGACGUAGAGUUCUAUCAACGUAUUGAACAAGUGAUCGGAAAGCAGAUGGAACUAUUUCCAAUCGGUAGUAAAGAAGACGUUUUGCUGCUUCAAGAACGUGUUUCUGAGGCACAGAGAAUUGCUACUUUAGAAAUGAAGGAAGAACAGCAACAAAAGAAAGGAAACAAAAGAGUUAAAAGUGAAGGAAAUGAUGAUUAUAAAGAUAGGGAAGAUAGAGAUCUUGUCGUGUCUAAUAAGUUGAGUAAAAAAGCAAAGAGAGUCAGGAGAUAA